AUUAAAGGCAAUUUUUAUUUUGAGGAUUUUAUUUGAAACUUUUCAUGAUUAAUUUAAAAGAAACUAAUUAAUAAUGACUAAUAUAAACAAAUACUGGAUAAUAUUGGAAUCUUUGCAUUUUCAAGUGGUGGGAGCUCCUAAGAAUGGUUCCUUAAGUGAGGAAGAACGUUUAAAAACCAAUUUAAAAAUCUUGCAAGAUUUAAUCAAAUUAACACCUGAAGAGGUUUUCCUAAGCAUCAUUAGCCACGAAAGUCUUAAACAUUUGGAGUGUAGACAACAUGAAAUAAUUAAUAAUGGCGAUAACGAUUUCUUGUACUGUUUGUACUCUUUUAAAAUGUUAUUAGAAAUUUGUAUGAAUGUAAAUUUUGCGGGAGAUGCUAAAGAGGAUUUAAUUUCGGAAAGGCAUAAAUCAUUAAUAAUAUCUAGUCUAACGGAGGUGGCUUCUAUAUCAUUACAAGAAAACUUACAUGCUGCUUUUUAUAAAGACAAAGGAGCCAUCUUCAAAAAGAGUUCUCAAGGAGAAACGAACUUUUUUCGCCUGGAGUUUUUUGUGGAGAUUGUUUCACACUUAGUCUAUAUUAAAGCUUUACAUGUUGGUAAAUCUUUGGAUGAGGUACAACUUUGGUAUAUGGCUUCCAUUUUUAGUAUUUUCAUAGCAUUUGAUAACAAACAGUUCCUGUUGGAAACAUCAGCUAUUGCAAACUUGCAAUCUAAACUACAAAAGUUGUGGUUAGAAUUAUCCAAGAAGAUGUAUUAUCGCAAUUUAAUGAUGUUGUUUUCCAUUUUGCCCAAUACCCAAAAACAGAGAAUACACAGAGAAAUGCUAUUGCGCCUGUGGUCACCUGGUGGAUUUUCGGCUUUACUUUACGCUAUGACAGAAUCACAACGUAGCGAAGAACAGUCACUAGAUGAAAUGGUAGCAAAUCUAGUUGCUCAACCACAGUUUUCGGCGAAAGCACAACAAUCAUUAAUGAAACAAAUUUUGCAAUUUCUAAGAGUAAGUCUAAAAAAUAAAGAAUUGUCUCCAUUUAUGGGCGCGGGCAUAUUAUCACUUAAAAAACUAUACAACAAUAAAGAAGAAAACCAAGAGUUUUUAAUUAAGUGGCUUGAAAUUGAAAUGCAGCCUUUAAUUAAGGUAGACAAAUUAAGUUUGGUAGCCAUGGAAUGGUUAAACUUUGUCGAUUUAAUUUCACUAUUAUAUCACAUUUUCUGCACUUCUUCAAUAGCCACAUUACCCAGUGAUUUAUUAAUUUCUUAUAUGCCUGUAUUCAUGGAACUUCAUAGUCAGCUGGAAGGUCAUACAAAUCAAGAAACUUUAAGUAAUCAUUUGCAAUCUUUAUUAUUAAAAAUUCUAAAUAACCGUUCAAAGGUUGAACUCAAACACAUUAUUGAGUGUGUAGCCUUGAAAAAGUAUCCCAACGAAUGGUUUCAAUUACACAUUAGUAUACACAUAAAGGAGAAUCCAUUAAACAUGCAAGAGCUUAAACUAAGUCAAGUGGAUAAUGAAACAUUGGCAUUAAUGGCAAGCAAUAAAAAUCCUUUAGCCGAUUUAAUUGCCAUUUUAAAAAGUUCAUCCUACAAUCUACUAAUUUACCAACAUUUUAUAAUACUGCUUCAACUGGUGCCUUCUUUAAUCAUGGAUACAAAUACCUCAACAGCAAGUGCCACAAACAUUGAUUUAUUGCACACUGAGGAAGAUAUUUACAAUAAAAUGUUGAUGGAUUUUUCUCAAAUGUAUGAAAGUAAAUUUCAAAUUAUAAAGUCCUUGGAAUCACUGGUACAGUACCAACCCCUUAAAUCAUUAAUCAAUGACAACAUCCUGGAUCUUUUAAAAGCUUUACAAGACAUAUUAACAGCUUACACUGAGAUUACCACAAAAGAUAGUGCUCAAACAGAAAUAAAUUCAGCAGUGCUUAUGAUUUUGUUAAUAUUAAUUAGAGAAAUUAUUGAGAACUCCAAUACAAACCUAGACGAUUUACAAAAUAAUUUGUUUAAACCCUUAAAACAACUGGAAUCUCAAAUACAAAAUGAAAAUUUAAAAUAUCAAUUAAGUGGCCUUUUAAGAAUAAUUCAAGGAGAGGAAACAUUUACUAGUCGUUAUGGUGAUUCUGCGAAAAAUGAAUUUGAAGAAGCUCGUACUUUUAUGGAAGCGGGCGAGUCGUAUUUACAGGUGGAGGGUAUUGAAAAGAUGAUAAAGCUGUUAAAUAAACGUGAUGAAUUUGCUGUUACAAAUUGCCACAUAUUAACAGCGCUGGCCUUAAACACACUCAAGUCUCCGGAAUCAUAUACUUUUUUAAAUUGUGUUAGACUGUUUGUGGCAUUGGUAAAUGUAAAUGAAAGCGAAGUUUUGGAUUUAUUAGCCGAUGAGUUUUUAAAUGAAGCCUCAAGCAUGGACUAUAGAUUAGUAAUCGGGGAGGCUAUUGUGAAAACAUCAAGGGAAUUGGGUCCUUUGUGCUUUAGAUAUAAAAAUGUUUUGCUAAAUACAUUUAUGACGGGCUGUCGUUCUCCGUUAGAUGAAUUUCGCUUUUCUGCUUUUUCAAAUCUAUCACAAAUGUGUCGUCUUUUAACCUAUCAAGUUCAUAAUUAUUUUCAAGAACUGCUAAAUAUUAUAGACUGUGAAUUAACCUCUGGUAAAUAUUUGCCCGCCCAAAGAGCUGCUGUUAUGGUUUUAAGCGAUUUAUUAGCCGGCAUGGAUAAUCUAUUCGAUUAUGAAGAAAUGCUUUUGCCCAUUUAUCGUCUACUGAAAUACUUGGUAAACUCGGAAAAACAUGACGAAAAGAUACGCAUACAUGCCUCGAAUGGUUUAAAGUGUUUGUCGGAAAAAUGUAAGGAACUCUUUAGAACUGCUUUAGAGCAGCAACAACAAGGAGCUUCAUUGACAAAGGAAAUUAAAAUAAUGGGUAUUCACGAUAAACCCAAGAGAAGCCUAAAAGGUCAUAUAUUAGAAAUGAAUUAAUAAAAUGUAUAUUUAUUAUAUUUCUAUGUACAUAAUAAAUAAUAGUGGAUAAAUGCACAAAUUAUAACAAGA